UAGCGGUGUCACUCAAAAGUAUUAGAAGACAGAAUUUGCCCUUUUGGUUUUCGGUACCAAUUCUGUUUGAAUGAAUUACAUAUUAUUAUUAAUUUCUUUUCAAUUUUUAGUAAGUUAUUUUAAUGGUUGCUUUUCUGGAAGUGGAAACAUGAAUUAUUCGAGUAAGACAACUUCGUCUCAUAUAACUAACUAUCAUGUUGCCAGAAAGAUGAGCAUAUAUAUUAAAGCUUGGAUUAUCUUUUUUCAACGAAUUGGCUUAAAACGAGCCAUUCUAUCGAGGUUUGCUUUUUCAUUCCUUUUUGUUGAGGAACUUAUAUGAGACGAAGGCUUCUCUGCAUUAUACUCUGAAGCGUAUUGGCAAUGAAACUAAACAUUAAAUCCAAAUUGAAACAAUGAAGAUUUAUAUACCGCGAAUACUUAAAUUAUGACUAACGCAAUUACAAUCGACUAGUUGGAUUCAAAAACUCAAUAUCGAGAGUUAAUAUAGAGAUUAAAGUGCCUUUCGCUUUUACGAAAACAUACACUAUUACUGACAUGGCUUUAAAUUUCUUUUUUGAGAUUGGUUUGUUAUAAUUUGAUUUAUUUUAUUUUUUUUUCUGAUAAUCCUGGUUUAUUUAUAAAAUAGUAAACAAACGAAAACCGCAAGCGCUACUAAUGGUUGCUACCCAUACGCAGGUUAACGAUUCUUCGGGUUAUACACGUUUUACAACAUAGCGAUAGUUUACGAAAUAUGUUAAUAAAUAUGUUGAGUAAAAUGAUGCGAAA